CUUGAAAAUAUCUGUAAAAUAUCACGUAACACUUCCGCUUCGAUCUUUGAACGUCUGGGGAUUGUAGCUAGGUAGAUUUUCUUAGUUUUCUUGCGGGAAAAUGUAACGUUAGUAUUUUUCUUGAUGUUUUGAGGUUUAAGGUAAAGACUUUUAAGUAGGGAAAACGGACGAGAUGAUUAAUCCACAAGAUAUGUGUUACAGCAAGGAGAGCUCCGGACCAGGAAUGAGACCCGUGCUAUCUUUAGGAAUCACCUCUGACAAAAGGGUCAUUGGCGAAGGCUCGUUACCAAAUUCCCCCGAGUCAGACUGCGAGGAGUUGAGCGUAGUUCGCUUCACGGAGGGCAGAACUCUGGAGAACGACACGCGAGAAAUCAUUAACGAUUCGCUUCUCGAGCUUACAGGCCGUUCUAAUUACUACAGUCGUCAUAGGAAGGUCGUAGGAACAAUGAAGCGCGUUGUAAACAGCCUGGUGGAGAAGCAUGAACUUGCUUAUAAAGGUAUGAUUGUGAAACUGAAUUUGGAGGAGAGAGGCGAAGAUAUGCGUGUGAUUACGACAGUAGCUAAGGAGAUGUUCAGUGAUGGCAAAACCAACUGGGGCCGCAUUGCCAGUUUGCUGGCCUUUGGGUCCAUGGUGUGCAAAUAUCAUAAUGAGAAGGGCCAAGGCCACCGUGUGCGUCUGGUGGGAGAAGAAAUCUCCUCUUAUCUCCUUUCUGACAAAAGGGACUGGCUAUUGAAAAAUAAAGCAUGGGAUGGUUUUGUGGAUUUUUUUCACGUUUCGGAUCCUGAGUCGAAACUGAGGAAUGCGUUAAUGACCAUUGCUACUGUGGCAGGGAUUGGGGCUGGAAUUGCCUUUUUUAGAAGAUAAGUUCCAUUGGACCUUCUAAAUAACUUCGUAUAUCUCUAAAAAGGAAUAAAGGACCUUAAGGAAUCCACGCAGUAAAAACUGGAGCACAUCUCAAGGGGAAGUUAUUUUUGGUUACCUAUAUUGUGUGGCCACAGGUAACCCAUUCUAAGGUUGCUUUUGCUUUUGUCAGAGUCUGGAAUUUAUUUUUUUAUUCAAAUGUUUACUGGAAACUGAUAGAAAAUACCUUCAUGAUUCACAAAACUGAUUCUGGAGCUGAUUGAUACCUGGACUUUAAAAUGAAGCUCAAACAUCUUUUAUACUAGUUAGUUAUUAAAUGAUCAGUUAUUUAUUCAUAAGAAUAAUAGAUAGUGACUGCUGUAGAAAGCUCUCAUACAUGAAUCUUGGUCUUAAAGUAGUGAAAGCAAGAUUGAACUCUUUGCAUACAUUUUCAGCUUCAGCAUAAGAACUAUUUAUGUAAGGCUUAUCUUUCUAUAAGACCUGAUUUUUUUUUUCCAUGUAGAACGCUGUGAUUUCUCAUACAUGACUCCUAAUCUAAAAGCAGUAAAGACAAAUACAUAAAUUACUAAAAGGGCUAAUACACAACCAGAUGUUUAUAGUUUGUAGGAAAGACUAAUCUUUCAAUGUACCACUACACUGUAUUUUUUUUAUUAAAUUGGAUUUUUUCCUUUUUCUUCUCCUAAGUUUUGAUGUCUGUUGAGCCGUGUGCCCACUGAAAGGUUUUGGGAUACGAUGUUACUUUAGUAAAAAUUUAUACUUCAUUGCAUCAGAUGCUGUGUACUGAACAUUCAGACAUCCUUCAGGUUUUCUGUUAUCAGUGACUCUGCAUAGACUAUAAAAUUGGUUCCCAGCUGACAAAAUGGGGGAAAAUAA